AUGAAAAUUUAUGUUAAGGCUCUUCCUGCACCUGCUCCAAAAUCUACUCAUGUUGCACUAACUAAGGUUGCUGCUGCUUCGGAAAAAGGAGAAAGCUCUGGAACUGUUAAGAGGUCAGAACUUAAAGCUGAAGUCAGCCCUGCAUCAAAACCAUAUGUUGUCUCAGUCAGUCUUCAUCAUGUUGGUGCUUUAAGAAGUUUAGGUUCCACUUCUAUUCCUGUGGUGUCUUCUGGUUUUCCUCAUCUUCCUACCGUUUCUUCCUUAACUAUAAAAGAGUCAGCUUCUUCAUAUGUUAAUGAAAAUGUUACACCUUCUACAAAUCUUUUAGCUAUGCCUCCUGCUAUUUCUGCUCCAGUUGAAAGUGGUUUUCAUUUUGAUCCUGCUUCUCUAGCUUAUGUUAGGAAAGGAAAGAGAUCUAGAACUUCUUUUGAGUCUGUUUUUCUGGGCAAUAGCUCUUGUUCAUUUUAUUCCUUUAUGGUGCCUGAUAAGCACGAAACUUCUAUUACUUAUGCUAGAAAUCUUAAGAAGAUUAUUAAUGUUUUUGCUAAGGCUUCAGGACAAGCAAUCAAUUUUAAGAAGUCUGGGUUUAUUGAUAAUGGGAAAAUGCACCAUAAACAUAUUAAACUUAUGUCUAGAACUUUAAAAAUUAAGUUUUUAAGUAAUUAUGAGAAAUAUCUAGGAACCCCCCUUUUUAUAGGUAGAGAUAAAUCUAAAUCCUUUUAUUUUCUAGUUGAGAAUUUUUACUCUAGAUUAAGAUCUUGUAAGAAGACUAACUUGAAAGUUGCUGGUAGGACAGUUGUAACAAAACAUGUUCUUUCGAGUUUAGCUGUUUAUCACAUGUCCUGUUUUCCUUUGCCGAAAAAGAUUACUUCCAAAAUUGAUACAAUACAAAGAACUUUCUGGUGGUCUAAGAAAAAUCUUAAACAUGCAGCUUAUUUUUGUUCAUCGGGUGAUAUAGGUAAGUCUAAACUCUAUGGUGGAUUGCGAAUUAGAAACACAUAUGCUACUAAUAGGGUGUUCAUCUGCAAACUAGGUUGGAGAGUAAUCAGUAAUCCGAAUAACUUGGUAUCUAUUUUUCUGAAAGAUAAGUAUUUUCCUAAUCAGAAUUUGUUGGAGAUUGAUAAAGCUGCGGAUUCCUCUUCCUGGAUUUGGAAAGGGAUUGUUAUUGGAUUAAAUUUUACUAGGGAUAAUGUAGUUACUAAAAUCAAUGACAGUGCUUCCAAUAAGAUUCGGAGUUUUAAUUGGAUUUCGUCUUCUUUUUCUCCUCCAGUUUCUAGUCAUCGUAAUUACUGUAAUUAUACUGUUGUUAGUGAUCUUAUUGAUGUCCAAAACAAUUGUUGGAAUGUUAGUUUACUGUAUGAUUUAUUUUCUCCUGGUGAAGUGAUCAGAAUUAGGACAAUUAGGAUAAAUCUUAAUAAGAGUGAUAGAUUAAUGUGGGCGCAUACUAAAAAUGGUGCCUUUACUAUUAAAUCUGCUUAUAGAAGUUAUAUGAAUGAGAAUAGUGCUUUGGAAGAUGCUAAUUUUUGGAGGAAAGUUUGGUGUCCUUUAUGUCAUGAUCAUGAAGAAACUGUUGUGCAUUUAUUUAUUAAAGGUCCGGUUGUUACUCAUAUAUGGUUUGGGGUCUCUUUCGAACAUUUAAUUAAUACUGAUUUGGAGUGGAUUGAUGAUAUAUUUAUGUUUUGGCAUGAUAUUGGUCUUAGUUUAUCUCCCUUUAAUGUUAAUUGGCCGAGUAUUGGUGCCAUUGUUAUGUGGUGCAUUUGGAAGUUAAGGUGUGAUGUUAGUUUCAGGAAUACUACUAUUGAUAUAAAUAAAGCUGUUAUGGAGACUAAAAAAAUGAUCAACACCUAUAUUGCUCGCCCGUUAAUGAUUAGAAGAGUUAAUAAGGAUAUUAAAGUUCCCAAGUCUGAGGUAGAACAUUUUAUGUUCAUUGAUGGUUCCUUUAAAGAUUAUGAUAUGGGUUUGGGUGUUAUUUGGUGCGAUAUUGCAGGAAGAAUAAGAAUAAUUCGCGCGGACUUUGGGUUGAUUUCAGAUGCAGUUGGUGCUGAAACGGCUGCUCUAAUUUUGGCUAUCUCUUGGGCAAAAAAAAUGAAUCUAUUCAAAAUCAUCAUUGUUAGUGAUUGUGUACAGCUGAUGGAUUUUGUGAAUGGAGGCAGUACUAACAUAGAUUGGAGAAGCAGUGACCUUCUUGAAGACUGA